AAUGUGCUGUCAAUAAAUGCCAAAUUUUUUGUCGAGAAUCAUUCAAAUAACAUCGGGAAAUCUGCAGGCAAAACACACAUUACUCACCACAAUGUCUAAAAGGAAUAGCUUUCACCGGGCUCCAAAAUUUAAACCUGAAAUGAAAGUAGUGAAGAAUUCCCCUAAGACGGUUACCGUGACCAAUAGAAAGGAGAAAGUGGAAGUUCUUCCUGAACCAAUCAAAUCUGUAUCUGAUAAAAAACUUUACAAGACCAUAAGACUAGAGAAUGGUCUGACAGCACUCCUGAUAUCAGACCCUAGUAGACAGUUCAUCACUGAUGGCAGUAGUUCAAGUGAAGAGGAGAGUAGUGGCACAGGGGAGAGUUCUGAACAGGAGAGCGAUGGUGCCAAGUCAGGCCAGUCUGCGGCCAGUGAUCAACAUGGAACUAAGAGACGUGCUGAAUUUGAUGAGGAAAAACUGGCAGCGUGCUCCCUCAGCGUCGGAGUGGGCAGCUACAGCGAUCCCCCUGACAUACAGGGACUCGCACAUUUCGUGGAGCACAUGGUGUUUAUGGGCAGCGAGAAAUAUCCCAAGGAAAAUGAGUUUGAUUCCUUUAUCAAGAAAAAGGGGGGUUCCGACAACGCGUCGACAGACUGUGAAUUGACGACGUUCUACUUCGAAAUCCAAGAGAAGCAUCUGCCGCACGCGAUGGAUAUGUUCAGUCAGUUCUUUGUGAGCCCGCUUAUGAAGAAGGAAGCCAUGCAGCGCGAGCGGGAGGCCAUCGAGUCAGAAUUUGCAAUAGCACGGCCCUCCGACUCCAAUCGCAAGGACCAGUUGCUGUCGAGCCUGUUCCCCGCGGGGCACCCGGCGCGCACCUUCACGUGGGGCAACCUGCGCAGCCUGAAGGACGACAUACAGGACGACGAGAAGCUAAGCCGCGCCGCGCACGAGUUCAGGAGGCGCCACUACAGCGCGCACAGGAUGACCGUUGCCGUACAGGCUCGUAUGGAUCUGGCAUCCCUAGAACAAUACGUCAUAAACACGUUCGGGCAAAUUCCCACAAAUAAAUUGCCUGCAGAUGACUUCAGGGAAUUUGCCUUCAAACCGGAGACUGUCACACCGGAGUUCAAAAGUAUUUACUACGUCAAACCUAUUAGCGAUACUACAGAGAUACACUUAACUUGGUGUAUGCGGUCGCUACUGUCCGAGUAUGAAUCGAAACCGCAUCAGUACAUUUCAUAUUUAUUGGGACACGAGGGCAAAGGCAGUCUACUGUCGUACCUUAGAAAGAAGGUUUGGGCGUUAGGUAUCUACACAGGCAACUCUGAGAGCGGCAUCGACUACACAUCUAUGUAUAGCUUAUUCUCUACGCAAGUUGUGCUUACUAAAGAGGGUCUCGACCACGUUGACGAGGUUCUGGAAGCAAUAUUUUCUUAUAUAAAUAUGUUGAAGAAAAUUGGACCAAAAGAACAUUUAUAUGAUGAAAUAAAGACAAUAGAAGAGACAAGUUUUCGCUUUGAAGAGGAGUCUCAGCCAGCGGAUUAUGUUGAAACUUUGUCGGAAAACAUGCAUUUCUUCCCGCCCGAGCAUUACAUCACAGGCGAUAAACUGUAUUACAAAUAUGACCCCAAGGGUAUUACAGAGUUGCUCGAGUGCAUGCGAGCGGACGCCGUCAACAUAAUGAUCUUGUCGCACAAGCACACGGUGCCCAUACAGUACGACGCUAAGGAGAAGUGGUUCGGCAUCGACUAUAAGAGGAUAGAUGUCCCACCAGAGUGGCUCGAGAGGUGGUUAUCAGUGAAACCUUACGUACAAUUCGACUUACCUGAGAAGAACAUCUACCUCACUACCAACUUCGACCUCGUACCGCCCGCGCAGCCUUACCUGGACGAGGCAGACAGACUGGACAUCGACCUCAUGAAUAGUUCCAUCAAAGAUAUACACAAAAAAGUGUCUGCGAGCGAAAGAACUAGCGUAGUAUUACAGCAAGGAGAUUUGAUUGCCACUGUAAAUCAUUUUAGGUUAGAUCAACCCAAUUUAUUGCGCAAGAACCGCCACAUGGAACUGUGGUACAAGCCUGACUUCAAGUUCAGAUUCCCCACAGCGUUGCUGUAUUUGUAUUUCAUCACGCCAUUGAGUUUGAAGUCGCCGAGAGAGGCGUGUCUUAUUGACCUCUGGACAGAUGUAUUGCAGCAAGGACUGAAGGAAGAAGUGUAUCCAGCGAAUAUGGCUGACUUGACGCAUUCCUUGUACGUCUCUGACAAAGGGUUGACGUUAAAAGUGGUUGGCUAUAGUCAAAAUUUACACUUACUGGUGGAACUGGUGACGCGCGAGAUGCGCAAGUCGACGGCGUCGCUCACGCCGGAGAUGUUCGAGGCGGUGCGCGAGGUGCGCGCGCGCACGUACCACAACGUGCUCAUCAAACCGCAGAAGUUGGCCAAGGACGUUCGGAUGCAAAUAUUACUAAAACCUUAUAUUUCGCCACGAGACAAGGCAUUGAUUGUGCAGAAUAUUACUUUGUCGGACCUCAAGGAUUUCACUGAGCGGCUCUUGGAUAGGUUAUACGUACAGAUAUUGGUUCAAGGCAACUUGGCGUGGCACGAAGCGAUCAAAAUAUCCGAAAAUGUUUUGGACAACAUCAAAUGGGAGGGAAUAGCAGAGAGUGAAAUGCCAGAGUUCAAAGUGUACCGGUUGCCUCUGGGCGAGCGUAAGAUAAGAGUGAGCAGCCUGAACCCGUCCUCCACCAACAGCAUCGUCACCAACUACUACCAGGGCGACAGCACCACCGCACAAGACACGGCUACCCUCGAAGUUAUGAUGAUGUUGAUGGAAGAGCCAGUGUUCAACGCUCUGCGCACCAAGGAGCAGCUGGGCUACAGCGUGUUCAGCAUGAUGCGCUACACCUUCGGCGUGCUGGGCUUCUCCAUCACCGUCAACACGCAGGUGGACAAGUUCAGUGUUGCACACGUGGACAGCCGCGUGGAGGCGUUCUUGAAGAAGUUCGCGCGCAGCACCAAGCGCGGCGGGGAGAAGGCGCUGGCCGUCGCGCGCCGCUCGCUCGUGCAGCUGAAGCACACCACCGACUACGAGCUCAAGGAGGAGGUUGAAAGAAACUGGCGGGAGAUCGUCAGCCGAGAGUACCAGUUCCAGAGAUUAUUUACAGAGGCGGAUGCAAUAGAAAAGAUAAGACUGGCGGACAUUAUGAACUGGAUCGACAACCACUUCCCAUCGGGGAAUAAAUCUGAGUUCAGGAAACUUUCUGUUCAGAUCGUGGGCAACAAACCUACAGACGACAACGCGAUAACCACAGAUGAUCAACCAAAGAAUUACAAAUUGAAUUACUUGGACGCGAGCGAACCGAUAGGCGAUUCGCGCGAGAACAGCGCGGACUUCAUCAAAGACAUCGACGCGUUCACGAGAGAACUGCCGACCAUUGACGUUCCUAGAGUCGAACUGGCUCAAUGUUGACAGGGUUGUAGAGAUAGACUAAAUUAUAUAUUUACACACUGUUAAUAUACUAAUUACAUACAUAGCGUAAAUUAGUUUUGAUCUAAAUUGUGUUUUUUUGUAGUUUUGGGUGUGUGCUUUCUCUACGCCCAUCCGAUAUGUUACAUGUCUAAGCAGUCCUGCGUAGCUUCCGUUCCCGUCGGAAUUUUUGGGAUUUUUCUGUCUAUACGAACAUCGUAUAGUAUGCACCAUUAAGUUUCCUUCCCCAUAAACCGAAAUCCCUCAUAAUAUACCCAAUGUAUAUUAUCCAUUAGUGUUGUUAUAAAAAAAAACAAAGAACAAUUCAAGGAGUUACGAUUGUAACACACUUAAAAACCUAUUCGCCCCGAUGCCGCUAUCUGCUCGUCGGUGCCUUUAAGGUCAUUUACUUUAGCCUAAACCAGGUCGAAGUUCAAUGACUUUAUGCUUACGAAACAGAAUAAAACAGGAUGUUUAAAUUUUUAUAAAUUAAUUCACACCAUAGCUUGAAGUCAUUUUUAAUAUUGUUAAGGGGUUUCUUGUGUUGAACUAAUAACUGUCAGGGCGGCUUACAGACGGUGAAACUAGCACGGUGUAUAUCCGUGUCAUCCGGUCCAGCGUAGUGAGAGCUCAGCCUUACAUAUGUGGCGAGAUAUAUAGAGUAAUUGUUACUGACAAACUAUUAUUGACAUUGCGGUCGUUGAAAUAGAGUUCAAACUUAAUUAACCCAACAAAAAGAAAUUUAUAGGAUAUGUGUUCAUUAAUUUUCAACUUUAUUUUAACACUAGCAAUGUUUGACAGUAUUUAAUGACAUAUGAAAAUGUGCUAUAUAUGACACAUUUGACAAUUAAUAUACUAUCAACAUAUAGCAUUUGUCAAAUGCGUCAUAUGACCCUCGCCAUAUAUGCACCGCAUCAUAAGUCUAGCAAAUAACUUGACAAUAACUUUGCAGUUGCAGUGAAAAUAAUAACCAGUAUUUAAAAGUGCUAUCUGAAAAUAGAAACAUAUUAGUAAAAAGUAAAAAAAGGUAAAAGUUGGUAUUGUAACGUUUUCAAUUAGCAAAAAUCUGUCAUUUUGAACCAACAUGACAGAUUUCAUGUUGAACCAAAAUGACAGAUUUCAUUUUGAACCAAAAUGACAGAUUUCAUUUUGAACCAAAGUGACUAUACCAAUAUUUUGACUGUUUAUGAUGAUACUUAAUAAUGUAAUUUGCAAAAUAUAGAAUUAUUUAAUUACCUAUAAUUAUUUAAUUGUUCAAUUUUUAUUUUAUUAUAACAUUUUUUUUUCUCUACCAUGUGUUAAUAGUGAAAUAAUGAAGUUGUUAUUAAAAAUAUCGAAGUAUUUAGUUCAAUAAGUUGAUUUAAAAUGUUUUAGAUAUUAUAUUUUCAGAAGACGAUUUAUCUUUUGGAUGUAGUAGUAAAGUGGUAGCAUGAACGAGUGUUAACUAAAGGAGCGCAGCAGAAUCGUUUUAAAUUCAUUUUAAAUAAAUUAUAUACAGGGGAAGGCUUGUGGCAUCGAAACCCGUUUACCAAAACUACCUUGCAACUACGUCCAAAAAAGUUUCGUCUUCCAAAAUUUGUUUUCUUUCACUCUUUCAAUGUGGUCAGUAUUGUGCAUUGCCUUUUACACUUAUAAUAAACAUACUCAAAAAUAUUGUAUAAAUUACAAAAUAUAUUGCCUUACAUUACAGGAGAAAAUAUACAAACAAUUAUGUUGUUGAUAUUACAAUGUUAGAUUUUCUUUUAUGGUUAACAUACUUAAUCAUUUAUAUAUUUUUUUGUGUAUACAAUAUCUUAUUAUUAACAAUUUAUAAUUAUUUUUAUUUUUAACAAAUUCACUUGAGCUUGUAUAUGUAUAGUAUUUAUAAAAUGAAAAAUAUGACUUAGUACUGAAAGUUUUUUUUUUUUUUUUUAAUUUUGAAUAAGCAAGCGCUUAGCUGCAAUCAUGCCUGAUGGUAAGCGAUGAUGGAGCCUAUGGUGGAACGCGCUUGCCUAGAAUAUGCCUAUUCACUCUUGACUUGAAAAUACCCAUAUUGUAGGUGGUGGGGAAAACUGAAGCUGGGAGAGCAUUCCACAUUUACGUAACGUAUACGUAACUGGAAAUUAAGUUCAUUCAUUCGUAUAUUUUGAUAUUUUGACAAAAAAAAGUGCAAAUUAAGAUCAUUCAUAGACACUACAUAAUCACAAGAUUGUGUAUUGUCUAUGAAUGAACUUAAUUUCCACCUACUUUCAGUAUGACGUCAUGUUUUUUUGCUUUAUAAAUAUUAAACAGGCUCAAGUAAAUUGUAAUGUAAUGUAUUCCAGGAAGUUCGUUUGGCUUUGAUGAGAUGAUAGACAAAGCAUGUUUGUGUGUAUAAACUGAAGGAGUGUUAUAAAUUAUUUUUUUUGUUGCCUGACCCGGGAUUGAUUCGAACCCUGGACCUCAUUGUACGUAGUUUAAUGGACCACGGGACCAAUGAGGCAGUUAUAAAUUACCUACUCGUAUAUAAACACACAGACAUGCAAACACACACACAAAUAUACGUGUACCAACAGUGUCAUACACUUGUCAAACACCAACUAACCUUACCGCUAUAAAGCAAAACUGACUUCUCGGAAUCGACUAUACUAGUGGUGCUAACAUGCGACCAAGUGAAAAUAAAUAGACAAAAUAUCGUCCAAUGGCGGCGGAGUUGUGCCAGCUCUAUCUCUUUCGUCCCAACGCAAAAAAAAAAGAGAUAGCGUUAUUUCCGGUUGCAUCGACAUUGUUUUGUCUAUUUCUGUUUACGAGGCUAUCUCGUUGGUCGCAUAUUAGCGCUACUGUUAAUAUCAAUAAUUUUAAUAAUUCUGACUCAAAGUGACUUAACUAAGUUAAAACGCUUUUGGUUGAACAAAAAUAGACAUAUGUUUUUUAA